UCAAUCAAAAACAUCGAACAAUUGAGUUGUAAAACGACAUCAGCAAAAAAAAAAUAAUCAAAUAUUUAAUAAUCAUAAAAAUAUGAAAUAAAACUAUAAAAUAAUACAAGAAACAUAGUAACUUUAAAAAAUAAUAAAAAUUGUACAAAUGACAGAAUCAACUGCACCUGUUGAGAUCAAAUCUUCACAAAUAAAACGCUCAGUAAUACCACCGGCUGGUGAUGACGAAAAUGUGCCAUUCUCACGACGUGAACUUGAAUUGUUGUAUGAAGAAAUUUGCAAGGAUCGCAAGAAGAAAGAAGACUGGCGCGAUGAUAGUCGGCAUCCGAGCUAUAGGAAAUUUACAGUGCCUUAUCACUUCAAGUGUCGGGAUCGCUAUCAUAAGACUAAAAAGGAGUAUGAGGAGCAAUUUCAACGUGAAAUCAGUCUGUUAAUGAAUAACCUGAACACGGCCUACGAAGCGGCGCGUUUCAAUCGCCAUUUAUGCAUUACCACUUUGUGGCCGCCACUGCACAAUCGUGCUGAACUUAUCCACACACAACGCUACUACUUCCGACUGCGAUCCGAACAACGCCGACGUUUAAAUCAGAUUAUUGCUACCAAUUUUCAAUAGCCAAGGUUGCGCUUAAAGCGGCUUACAACAACAAUUUCAUAUAUAUUUAUACAGAAAUUGCUUAACAGAUUUAUAAAUCUAUAUAUGUAAUAACCUCACUAUUUGUUAGGUUGACCGAUGGAUCAUCUAGUCAAUAAAUAUUAUAUUUGUAUGUGUGUUUUAUAAAAUAAGCUUUUAAUUAA